CACCGCCCUCUCAACUCGGCGCAUCCCCUCUACUGGACGAAGUGCGACCAUUUUGCAGGGGGGAGUUGCGAGUGGUGGCGAUUGACGGUGUACGAGAGCCAGGUCUGGGGUGCAGCGCGGCGGCCUGAGUCGCUGGACCCGGGGAGUGACGCCCCCCGGGAGGGAGGGCGAGCGAGAACGGCGCCGACCCUGCUCGGUUAUUUUGUCUCCUUAGUCACCAUUGCCCGCCUCAGGGCCUCAGUUUAACCAGCCAAGAUGUCUAGGCCCGUCAGGAACAGAAAAGUUGUGGACUACUCCCAGUUCCAGGAAUCAGAUGAUGCAGAUGAGGAAUAUGGCAGAGAUUCCGCCCCUCCAGCCAAGAAAAUUCGUUCAUCACCAAGGGAAGCAAAAAAUAAGAGGCGGUCUGGAAAGAAUUCUCAGGAGGAUAGUGAGGAUUCAGAAAAAGACAUUAAGACAAAAAGAAAUGAUUCUCACUCAGCAGAUGAAGAUUUUGGGAGUGAGGAUGACUUAGGAGCAGAUGAUGGCAAAGCUGAUAGUGACUAUGAGAGUUCUCAAAAGAAUAAAAAAGGAAAAAAAGUGAAACCUGACAAGAACAAAAGAGCAACUUCUAAAUCUAGGAAGAGGACUGCAGAGGACAGUGAGGAUGAGAGAGAAGACCACAAAAAUGUGCGUCAGCAGCGACAGGCAGCAUCCAAAGCUGCUUCCAAGCAACGAGAAAUGCUAAUGGAUGAUGUGGGCAGUGAGGAGGAAGAUCAGGAAGAAGAGGAGGCAUCAUUUCAGGAAAAAGAUUCUGGCAGCGAUGAAGACUUCCUUGUGGAAGAUGAUGAUGAUAGUGACUAUGGCAGUUCAAAAAAGAAGAACAAAAAAGUGGCUAAGAAAUCCAAACCAGAAAGAAAAGAAAAGAAAAUGCCUAAACCAAGGCUAAAGGCUACAGUUACACCCAGUCCAGUGAAGGGCAAAGGGAAGGGAGGCCGUCCCACAGCUUCAAAGACAUCAAAAGAAAAGACCCCAUCCCCAAAAGAUGAUGAUGAAGAGCCUGAAAGCCCUCCAGAAAAGAAGAAAUCAGUUAGCCCUCCUCCAGACAAAUCUGGGGAUGAAGGGUCUGAAGAUGAAGUACCCUCUGGUGAAGAUUAAAUAGUGGUGUGGGAGAGAAACUUUUUGAGAGAGAGAGUAAGGAAAAGAGAAUAUACUUAGGGGGUAGAACAUGGUUUUGGUUGUGGCUUGACUCAUGGGCUGUGAAUGCCACCUUUACUUUAGCUGUUUUAAUAGUACAGUACUUUCUUCUUUUUUAAAGAGAACCUUUACACAAUAAUGUUUUAAUGUCACAGUCUGCACUGGCCAUUCUGUUCUCCCCAACCAAAUCUGAAAGCCAUUUAGAUUUAAAUUUACAGCUUACUAAAGAUAUAUUUUUGAAGGCUUACUGCAGUCAUAAAGCAAUAAGGUUGAGGCUGACCUUGGAGAUCAUAGAUAACAAAUAGUAUAGGUUUUCCAAAGUGCAAAAAUUCUUCUAAGGCAACUGUUGCUUAAUUGAAUCCAAAACAAGAAUAUUAUUGCACAGUGCAUUUCCUUUGACAUAAAUGUAUCCUUAGUAUAUGAAUUAUUUUGAAAUCCAUCAAGGGUUUUAAGUUCCAAUAUUCUGAAAGUUUGGGGUUCCAUAGGCUAUUUUUAAUGGCCAAGGUAAUUUUAAUGACCAUUUGGUCUGUUCUGUAUUUCAGUCUUCUGAAAGGCCCUACCUAUUCAUGCCAUAGACACCAUUGCUUCUUGGCAAGGAUAGCAUUCCAGUUGGCUGAACUGCAUUCACGUUUGUCUGACUUGUUAGUUUUGAAAUUUACGUCUUCUUAAAGCGCUUUGAAGCUUUGCAUAAAAUUUAAAGCUUGGUUUCAGGUAGAUUUUGGAAGCUGAAACAACUAUUUUGAAAACAUGGUUUUCCUUUAGAAAUAUAAAAUGACUUUCCAUAAUAGCACAGUCUCUUUUUCAACCUGUGGGUCGUGGCUUAAGUGUUUCCUUUCCUUGAGAUCCUCAAACAUAAGACUAUACAGCUUCCACCAACAAAAAGUUAACUUUGCCCUUAACCAUCCACUCCAUUGCUUAGUUUAGUUUUCCCCACCUUCCUGCUGGGUGAUUGCUGCUCCACUGCCAGAUCUUAGUUAUCCUCUGGUUAGAAGAGAUUAUAUACCUAGGACAAGUGAGGAACAGGGUGUGAACUUAAAGACAUGAAGGAUGUACCAAAAAUGAUGCAUCACAAAAGUAGGAUAUUGCACCAGUGCACUAUAUAUUUUAGAGAAGGGUGUGUAAGUAGUCUUUUAGCAAGUUUUCACCAGUGUGUCAGUAUUGCCAAUUUAAACAUAAGAUGGAUUUUGUUUUUCAGUCCCAAAUAGAGAAAUGGCAGUAUUUAACGUGAGUUGGAGUGCCAUCUACUUUACAUUUUUCAUCUUGUACAGCUGUAAUAUACACUUCAACCACAAUCUCUUUGCAAAUUGAGUUUGAGUGUUAGUGUUCUGAAACCAGAUCCUUUAACGUCUACAUCUACACUAUAAGAUGGUUGAAAACCUAGUGGAUGCAAUUAACGAGCAUCCUGUUCAAGGACCAGGACUGCCUGACUAGUAUUGGAAAGCUAAGCAAAGAAUGUAAAAGCAGUGAAAUAACAUGGCGUUUUUUCCCCCUCUCACAUACAUGCAUACACGCACCAGACAUAGGUAUGUAUUUUCAAACCCUGGCUUCUGCAGACUGUUCUGUUAUUUAUAGUAGCUCUAUUCAUAUCUAAAUGACUUCCACUAUACAUUUUGGGGGGGGGUUAGUGAAGGAACACAUUCAUCCUGGCUUGAUGUGACAGUUUUUAUGUUGUCUUGCAUAUUUUUGAACAAUAUCUUGAAAGUGAAAAUACCUUGAGAUCUUCCUUAGACAGAAGCCAGUCCAGCUCAACACAUAUUUGACAGUUUAUCCAAGGCUUAAAUCAGCCUUUUCCAACCUUUGGGUCCCCAACUCCCAUCAGCCCCAGCCAGCAUGGCCACUGGUCAGGAAUGAUGGGAAUUAUAGUCCAGUAACAUCUGAUUAGGAAAGGCUGGCUUAAAUGUUGUGACCUGGAUGCUGUGGGCAUGAAGAUUAUAUUGCUGUUCAGAGUGUUGAGUCCAAAGUGGUAGUCUUAUCCCAUACUACAAGUGAAACCUUUGGUGAUCUAGUCCCAUUUGGCUGCACCAAAUGUACAAGUUUUUAAAAGAUUACCUCCUGUUGUGGUCAGCCAGCUGCAUAUUGGUGUCCAAAUAUAUUUCUGCUGCUGAUUCGCUUAUUUUGAAAAGUAUGUAUUUUUUUCUUAGCAUACUUUCUUUAACAGAUUCCAUGGUAUAUAGUAGAUGUUGAAAAGUCAUUAAGGCUGUUUUUUCUUCUCCAGUUAUUUGAACCAGUUAUCCCCUUGAAUUGUUUUAAACAGUUCUGUGUAUCAGAUAUUGUACAUGAUGUAGAACAGGCUGCUUUUCCUUGAAUCUGAAAACCCAAACUCUAUAUGCUGUGCUUGUAUUGGGUUUUGCGUAUCUCUCCCUGGAAGCAAAUCCUUUAGAAUACCCUGAAAACACUUAACUGCUUGAUCUCCCGCAUUCUUUAAAUAGUCCAGAGAUGGAAGGUUUUUCCCCCUGCAGUCCAUAUAAGUAGCAAAAUAAUGUCAAUAUUUUAAACUUUUUAUUCUAUUUUACAAAAUUCACUUUUGUUCUCUGUGUGUAUUGCUUUUGAGUGUAUUAUUCUAGGGAUGCGAUAGCCGUAUCAGUUCACUACUUUGCUUGAUGGAACAAGUAUUGCCAGAAAAACAAAUCAGUAUAGUCUAGUGUGCGUUAGUCACUCUUACAUCAGUUGCUUCCUGGGAAUGGCAGGUUAUUUAAUAUUGUAGCUUAAUUAAAUUUCUUUCAAAUUUGCUGGAAACCAAAAACAAAUGUGUUCAGUGUAUCUAAGUUAUAGCUUUGCAAGUAAUUGUGAGAGCAGUAAGGGUAUAAAUAAUUUCAGUAAGGGUCUGAAAGGGCAUUUGCAGCUUACCUUUUGGGCUUAACCAAGUAUUGGUUGUUAUGGUGCUGAAGAAACAGUCUGCAUACCUUAAAGGUGAAUAUCAGAGUAUAUACCCUUUGCGAUGGCUUUUAUUUUCAAUGUAAUCUUUUAGAUUAAUCAAACUUCAGUCCAGGGGCAUAGUGAUCGGUUUAAUUUAACGUAAAAAUAAUGUCUAAAUAUAUUAGAAGAAAUGGGGAAAUGUAUAUACAUUCAAGUGGUCUGUAAACCCUUUUGGAAUCAUUAAUAGGGUUGAUGUGAUGCAGAUGCUGAAUAUACUCAUUCAUGAUAUGCCUGCACCAGCUACUGAAAUUGUUAAUUAUGUGGAUUGAAAAUACUUUUUAAAACUGAUUUUAAAGCAUUACCCGAAGUACAACAAACAGCUAAACUAAGGAGUGGAGGUGGGGAAGGGAAAGAGCCAUAACAUGCUGGAAGCUUAUGAGCUGUAGAAAUCGGUGCUUUUGCUUUAUGUAAUUUUACUGUGGAGUGUUUAUUUUUUAUAACAAACUAUAAUGUUGGCACAUGAUUUUAUAAAAUAAAAGGAAAUAGAUUCCCAUGAUUUUAGCUAUUUGGGAAGUGACAUUAGUAUUUUGUGGGGGAGAUUUGACUCUUUCCCUCCCCCCCCCUUCAAAUAUUCAUUGAAUAGGCUCUGUGUGGGACUUGGGUUCACCUGUUACUGAAAUUUAAUAACCCUUAUGUCUUUCCUCUCCCCUUCUCCUUGGGCUGCAUUUGGAACAAAUAAUUUGUGGGAUCUUGGGCCCAAAUGGAAGCUGGAUAGUGAAUCCCUUCUUGUGUUUGUGUGUCAUAGUCUGCCAUGAGUGAAAUGCACAAAGCAGAAACUGGGCAUGGGUAUACCUGUAAUAAUUUAAGGGCCCAUAAUUCACUAAGCUGACAGUUGCCUUGGGUAUUCCUCCUUUCCCCCAUUCUCAUUUCGAUCUUCUGCUUCCCUGGGUAACUCACACUUUGUUCUCUAGUACUAACCAUUAAAGCAGAAGUUUCGCCUUUCAAGUCUAUUAAAGCAUUCACUGUAUGCUGUCUUGCCCACUGUUGGGAAAACCUGUUGCCCCACCUGCCCCUGUACAAAACUGUAGAAAAUGGAAUGGUUCCAUCAGUUGAACAUGCUUGGUGUGACUGCAAGAUACCAUUGUGCAUAUGCUUUCUAUAUCUGGGGAGGGAUUUUUUAUAGGGGAGAAUGGGGGUUUGGGGCAAAACAAUACGCAAACGUGCUUAAGCCACAAUGACAUGAAAACCCCUUCAAGUAUCUUGUGUGAGUGGGACUGAAUGCACGUGUGUGUGUGUGUGUGUGUGUAUGGGUGUCCGUCUGACAACUUAAUGUGUGUGUUAGAAAUUUGUGAACUUUACUUUUCCUGCAGAAACAAUUAUUACAAAAGUUGUAUAUAAGAGAAUUACAUAAUUUGUUUACCAGGAACAUGUCACAGUAAAACCCUGAGCUAUUCUCAAAUAUAAAGAGGUAAAAAGACUCCAAAUGGGUCAACUGCCCUUAGCAUCAGCUAGGAGUUGGUGAAAUGGAAUGCAGUGGAUAUUUGUCUAGGGUAUUCACUACCCUGUUGGUUCUCAGACUCUCCUGGGAUUGUUUGUGGCUUUGAACAACAAACUGCUGACUAAAAUGCUCUACCUAUUAGUCAGUUAUUUGAAGGAAUAUUGCUAAACAGGAUGCCAAGGUCACCAGUCAUAUUAAUAGCCAAUAGGGUUGUCAGUCCCUUGACAAUGAAAUCUGCAGCAUGGUACUAGAAGUUCAGUUUGAAUGUAACAUUAAUGCUUUAUUUAAAAAUGCAUUUUUUUUUAAAAGGGGGGGUCGAAGUGAACAUGACGUUGUUGACCAUGUUCGUGAAUUAUAGAUGCAACAUGCAUUGGUAGAAUUGUGUGAUGGUCUUUUGUGCUACUUAAUUUUACAUAUUCCAGUCUCUGUAUGUACUUGCAAUUAAAAAAAAAAAUAACAACCCCUGCUUUGCUUUUUAUUGAAGGGUUCCCAGGACUGCAUAUCUGAUCCUGAUCUCUGUUUUAAGUAUGUGUAUCCUUGGCUUGUAUUUUGUAUUAAAAGAGAACAUGGAAAAGAACCCUUUAUUGUUCAGCAUGUUGGAAUUGUGUCCCCCUCAUUUCUUAUGUAUCUUAUUUUCUUUUGUAAACUUUUUUGGUUUUGUUUAAAAAUGGCUUUAUAAAAGGGCUUUUAUAACCCAUA